CGGGAAUCACCACCUAAUUACGAGGAAGUUGAUCUUCCCUUGUGUUCACUCAUCCGUCCAGUACAUUCCGAGGAUCAUUCCGGACAGUCGACAAUUUCGACCAUCAUGGCAGACUCCUCCAACCCCAAACCUGCGGAGACUGCAGCCCCGGCUCAGCCCGCGGCCUCGAAGCCCGCCUCGAAGCCUGGCAACCCUGCCUUUAGGAUGAUGGGCCUCCCGAACAUCAAAUUCCGCCUCCCCUCCCGGAACUGGAUGAUCUUCUGGACCAUCACCGGCUCCUUCACCGCGGCCCUGAUCUACGACCGUCGAGAGAAACGCCGCGCCCAGCAGAAAUGGUGUGACCUGGUGGCGCACCUGUCCAAGGAGACGCUGCCCGUGGAGCAGAUGCGCCGCAAGAUCACCGUCUUCCUGGCCGCGCCGCCCGGAGACGGGCUCCGGGUCGCGCGCGACCACUUCAAGGAAUACGUCAAGCCGAUCCUCGUCGCGGCGGCGGUCGACUACCAGGUCAUCGAGGGCCGCCGCGAGGGCGAGGUGCGCGCGGGCCUGGCCGAGCAGAUCCGCAAGACGCGACGCCGCGCGGGCGAGCCCAGCUCCGUCGUCGAGGAGCCCAGCGUCGAGGGCGUAGUCUACGACACGCGCACGCACCUGGGCAUCACGGACGAACCGGGCCCCAAGGGCGACCUGGUGAUCGGCCGACACACCUGGAAGGAGUACAUUCGGGGUCUGCACGAGGGCUGGCUCGGCCCUCUCGACCCGCCUCCCCCUGCACCCACCGAAGACGAACCCCAACCACCCUCCUCCCCCGUGCCCGAAGACGGUGCCCCCGAAACCCCCGAGAAGCAAGAAGACACACCCACCGAAGAGAAGAAGCAAGAAGAAGAGAAGAAGAAGAAACCCACCGGCCCGACCCCAACCUACCUCCCGACCAGCGCCUACGACCUCCAACCCCUCCCGCCGACCCUCCCCGCCACCCUCGACGGCUCCGUCCCCAUCACCUUCCCGCACCUCCUGGGCUUCCUCAACACCCCGAUCCGUAUCUACCGCUACCUAAACCGGCGCCACCUAGCCGACGAGGUCGGCCGCGACGUCGCGGCCCUCGUCCUCGCCUCCUCCAGUCGCCCCUACACCGAAACCACCCCCACCUCCACAACAGACUCCUCCGAACCCAUCCCUACAACCGACCCCAUCCCCGAACAAGAAACCGUCCUCGCGGCCGCCGAACGCGACUGGCACAAAUCCGUGCACCGCACGGACGAGACCAACCCCGACAAGGAGCGCGAAUGGCUCGACCCCAUCGUGCUGGACCCGCGCCUCGCGUCCCGCAUGCACCGGUACACCGUCUCCCCCGAGGAAGAAGCUCGGGCGACCCGCAUCGCCACGGGCGAGGAAUACAUCCGCGGCGAGGAGCGGCCCGCCCCGGUGCCCGUGUGGCAGCGCCUAUGGGUGAAGUACGGCUACGGCGAGGACGAGGCCACCCUCCGCCGGAGGCCGAUUCUGGGGAACCUCGACAAUGAGGAUGGCGAGUAGAGUAGAAGUCUGUUCUUUCUGCAUGUAUAAGAGCUCUUUCUUUGACGCAAAAGGGAUCCCUAUAUCAGUUCUAGAUUUUCUUUUUGACCUGGGAUAGAAGGCGAGGCGAGACGAGGGAAACCAGUAUAUAGAUGCUAUUUCUGUGGAUGAUGAUCGGGUAGCCCCAGCCCAACCACCCUCCAUCUUGGGCUAUCGGCCUUGUUGAUAUGACAUGUCAUUUGUUUUAUCUUUUUUUGGUUUUGGUUUUAUGCAUGGGAAACGGAACCGUCGCUGCUCUGGUUUGUAUUUCUAUCUUCUUUGCGUUGCUGGUCGUCUUAGAGGUGUAUAUUAUUCCAAUCUAGAG